GCCAGGUACUCUAGUACAGCCAAGUACGAGGUUGACUUUGUGAGCCGAUCGAACAGAUUCGCAGGAGAAUCUCUUAGAAGCAUCUAAUUUUUGUGUUAGAACUGCCUUUACAUUUCUCAAAACAUUUUCGUUUCUACAAAGAACACGGAAAUUUUUUGUCUUAAAUCGCUUCCCAUUUCGGAUAUCCGUUUGGUAAACUCCUCCUCAACAUUUUUGCUGGUUCAAGAUUAAACACGUGCUCGUCAAAUCAAAGAAACGCACGUGUUUCAUAGCACAGACUCUCGCCUGCUUCUGAGAUCUUUACGAGCGGAAGCGACGCGAAAAAUCUUGCGAAAGACUCAUAUUUUUGGAAAGACCUGAUGGAGUUUACCUUUCAUUGCGUAAUUUAGAGACAGACUAAAAUUUUACUUUGCAUCUCUAGUUCAGGUUUCUGCUUGUUAAACUUCCUUUACUAACGUGAAACCUACAGUAAAGAUCAUCAGCUAUAGCAACGCUUUUUUCGAGCUCGAGUCUGAUUGUUCCGAAGUCGAGAUUUUACAAAUGGCAACAUUUACAACGUUGGACCGAACAAGACAGGGAGGAAAAACUUCUCCUGUUCAACUCCAAACUUCGCCUAAUCCGCCGUCCACCCAAAGGAUUAAGCUAACCGCUGAAGAUUUGUUCAACUAUUUGUAUGGCUACACGCCCAUUCGUCUAGUGGAUCCUAUCCAACUACAGCAACGGAGAAGAAAAGCUUCGCAACUGGAAAAUGGCGCGUCUAACAAAGCUUUUUCAUGGUGCGAUAUUUGCAACGAGAAACAUGAUGGAGAAUGUCCGAUGCAUGGGCCUUUGCACUCUCUUAGAAAACUUGUCAGUGCUGGGCAAUCCCAUAGUCCUUUGGAAAACGGAUCUAUUCUCAAAUUUCCGGACGAGGUAUGCUUGUGUACAUCCAGCAUUCCUUGUGUUGGCUACGGAGUGUGUGCAAGAAAGAGAAUACCCGCAGGGACCUGGAUCGGGCCUUACGAGGGAAAGCUUGUGCGACCAGAAGACAUCAAAGUUGAAACAGAGACGGAAUAUAUGUGGGAGGUGUUCCAUGAUGGCCAGGUCAGUCAUUAUCUUGAUGGCAGAGAUGAAGCUAAUUCCAGCUGGAUGCGGUUUGUUCGCUGCGCUCGACACAAGAAAGAACAGAACAUGGUGGUAUUUCAAUAUCAUGGCUGUGUCUAUUACAGGACAAUCCGAGAGAUUCUACCUGGGCAGGAGCUGCUAGUGUGGUACGAUACAAGAUAUUCACAAUUCAUGGGGGUUCCUGUGGCACUCAGUGAUUCUGGAAGUAGAGGGGUCCACCCCCCUCGGGAUCUGGUCGCCCAAGAAAGGUCUCGGGCCAGAGCGGAUAAAAACGAAACAAUUGAGCCAGGGGCCAGGAGAAAUCUUACAGACCAUGCACCAGCACAAAGGGGCCGGCCUCCCUUGCGAAGAAAUGAACCUGCCGAAUCGAGCAAAUCAGAGCAAGAUCACGUGAUGCUGACCGAGGAUAGAAGAACAACCUCGUAUCGCGGACGAGGCUACGGGUACAAACAACAAACCAGGACGCCUGCGCGUUUUGAUCCAGCAGACGAUUUUACCUGGAGGUGCAACCAGUGCUUUAAAGCAUUUACAAAUCGAGAACAACUUGAAGUGCAUCAUUGUAAUGGUAUCAAUGGAGGGAAGAACUUGACUUGUUCGCACUGUAACCAAUCGUUUUCUCAUCCCCUAGAGUACCGUACACACAUGGAGACACAUGUUAAUGAAAGGCCUUUCAGAUGUGGCUAUUGCGCAAGCGCCUUUGCCAGCGCUGCUUUGUUAAACCAGCACGUACGAGUACAUAUGACCGAGGGAACCCUCGGUCCAGUGAAAGCGUCGCCAAGACACGAUAGAGCAAGCCAAGAGUUUCAUUUUUAGAGGAAAAUAAAGCAUAUUCGAGAAUUUAUAAUUUCAAAUCAAUUGUCAUCUUUUAACGCAACCAUUCAUAAAAAACAGGUCACUUUUAGUGGCGAACUCACGUAUCUCGGCCUCUUUCCUAAGAAAACUGUCAUAUGGAGUUUGGUUUGUCGUGUAAACAAGUUAUUCAAAUGACUGCCCAAUUGCUUGAUAGGUUAAAAGGUGUUUUAAAUAUUGAAAAAGACACAGAGAACUUGCAAAACUGUAUUUGUUAAGAAAAUAAAUGGAAAAAUAUAUAAAUUGUGGCUUGAACGAACAGUCAUCCAAGUAACUCGAAUUAAAAGGCGUACAUAGACAUUGUUUGGAAAAUAUUUCUUCUCACAGCUAUUCAACUGCUUUUCUGAUGCUUUGCACAUGACAAGUUUCAAAUGCAUGUAACAUUUUCACGUGGAAUAAAAUGAAAAUUGAAUAAAGACUGUGCCAACAUUUCA